GGCUUUUCAUUCAACAUUGCCAAAGAUGUGGAAUUCCUUGUCAACGUAAUGAUAUGGUGAUGAGGGCUCGUCAAUUAAUUUUUCAUAUAAAUUGUUUUACUUGUAUUGUUUGUCAAAAACCAUUAAAUACUGGGGAAACAUUUCUUCUUAGACAAAAUGAAAUUUUUUGUAGACCAGAAUGUUUUAUACAAAAAGAGGGAGAGUUAUUUCAACAAUUCCCUCCUCCCCAGCAAUUUAUUAAUUCAAUUCCAAUACCUCCACAACAACAACAAUUAACAAAUAAUAUAUUUAAUAAUAAUGAUAAUAAAUUAUUUGGGAAUUUUGAAAAUAAAGGAAUUAAACAAAAUUUAACAACAACAAUAACUUCAUUUAUUCGCCCCCAAUCCCCAACUUCUUCCUGUAAUUCCCCAAUUUCCUAUUCAAAUCCAGAAGAGUCAAUAACCCCUUCAUCAACAAAUGCCUCUACUCCAAUGGCAAAUAACGGACAUUUUUUGAAUGGUCAACAGCAACCACCACAAACUUCUUUUCUUCAUUUAAAUAAUUUUGAUCAAACAGGAAUUUCAAAUUCUGGAUCAUCAGCAAUAGCUGCAGCAGCUGCUGUUUUUGGUGUAAAUAGCAGUAGAGGAACAAUUUCUAAUUGUUCAAGUAGUUCUGGCUCUUUAACUGUUAGACAAAAACAUUCAAUUAAAAGAGGAAAAAAAGAAAAACCUACACAAAGAAUUCGAACAGUUUUAAAUGAAUCACAAUUAAAAUUACUAAAACAAUCUUAUAAUACAAAUCAAAGACCAGAUACUUCAAUUAAAGAACAAUUAGUUGAACAAACGGGGUUAAAUGCUCGAGUUAUUCGAGUUUGGUUUCAAAAUAAAAGAUGUAAAGACAAAAAAAGACAAAUUGAACAUCGAGAAAAACAACAAAAUAUGGAGAAGGAGCAAGCUUUACGAGGUGUUCGACUUAACGGUGUUGGCCCACUAACUGUAUGCUCUCCAGGCCCAAUAAAUUUAAUAGAACAUCAACAACAAAUUUGUGAGCAAUUCCAUAAUGCAGUAGAAAUACAUCAAAUUCAACAAAAUCCGAAUAUUUGGGAGGGAGUAAUUGGGGUUGAUGAACAACAUCAAAAACAACAACAUUUGAUAGAAGCAUCUUUCUCUAAUCAAUUGGCAAUUAUGCCUUCUAAUCAUUCUAAUAUAUUGAAUGUUCCUGUGUCAAUGGCAACAAUGUUUCUACAGCAAGCUAUCUCCGAAUGA